GUUUACUUGUUAAUAUGCGCGGUUCUGAAAGUGUUAGUUUUUGAAUUGUAGUUUGACUUAUCUAAAACAAUAAGAUGCCUCGGUCCUUGAUUCCAAACACUCCGAUCGCUGUAGAUUACUGGACUAAAAAAGAUUCACAUAAGAGGAUAUUAUUUCUAUCGCACAUGCACGCAGACUAUAUACAAGGUUUGAAUUCGUCUUGGUCGGAUCAAGUUAUUUACUGCUCGAACAUUACACGUACUCUUCUCAUCAGCCAUCAUAACAUAAAUCCAUCGCUUGUGGUUGCAUUGCCCGUCGGUGAGAGUGUGAUUCUACCUCUAGAUGCUCUAGAUCAAGAGAAAUUGACGGUGACUUUAAUCGACGCCAAUCACUGUCCAGGAGCUGUAAUGUUUCUAUCAGGGUACUUCGGGAACAUCUUGUACACCGGGGAUUUUCGUUAUCACGAAAACAUGUUGGACAUGUACCCAUUUACCAACAACUUCGUUAUCAAUAAAUUAUUUUUGGAUAAUACUUAUUGCGAUCCGAGAUGCGAGUUUUUAAAUAAAUAUGAGGCGAAAGACAAAAUACUCAAAAUCAUCUAUGAGCAUUCGGAUAGAGAUGUUGUCAUAGGUUUGGAUUUUUUGGGUAAAGAAGACUUAUUGUGCGAAAUUGCGAGAGAACUAAACGUUCCUAUACAUGUCGACCAUGCUCGUUAUAAAACGAGUCAAAUACUUGGAUGCAGUGAAUACUUUACCACGGAGAGAAAAGACACGUUUAUUAGUGUGGAAAAGAAGAAAAAGGUUUCUCUUACAACGAUAAAACACAAAAAUAAAUACUUUGUACCUACCAUCGGUAUCUUAAUUACUGGUUUGUACGCCGGAAUGAAGGAAGAGCUCUCCAAAAAUGGUAUGUUUUACGUCGUCCCGUAUUCUGACCACAGUUCUUUCUCAGAGUUGAAGAAAUUUGUUUCAAGAAUUCGACCGCAGUGUAUCGUUCCUUGUGUCAACCGAAUUGUGGAGAGCAAGAGCUACGAGGAUCAUGACCGAAUGGACAUGAGCGUUUUCGAGUCUUACAUAGAUAAUGAGACAAAGAAGCAUGUCUUCGACAUCCCACCGACCGUCCAGGAUUUCAUGUUGAAUGGUAUAGACGUUCAGCAAUUUAAUAUUAGAAAACGGAAGUCUACGACUAGUUUUUUCAACGGUGUGGUGAAAAAACCCUGUGGCAUAAAUUUUCCUCCGCUGCUUGAAAACGUGAACAACGGCGACGAACGGAUAUCUGGUAAAGAAAAAGAUAUAAGGAUUGAAUUACGUGAGGAUACUGAUUCUGACAAAACCGCUCUCUUUGACAAAUGUACGAGUUCGAAAAGAGAUUUGAAACAACAGCAUGAAUCUGUUUGUUUGCCAAACCAAUUAAUAUCAACCCCGUUGAAGUGUAUUGAAUCAGUUGAACGUGGCGAUAAUUUAGGUUCUGACGAUGUUGAUGUUUCUACUACGCUUCCGACACAGUCUAACGAUAAUAAUGUCGCUACGACGCUUCCUGGAAUGGCAAAACUGAACGAAUUCACUCCAUUUGUGAAGAAAGAGAAAGAUUUAGACAAAAGCACAAGAAAAAUUAGGUGUGGUGGUGGUAAUUGUGGAACAAAUCAGAGGUGCUUACCAGCUCUUAAAGCACUAAAUAUUGAAUAUUUCAGCGAUGGUGAAGAAUCGUCUAACGAAAAUCUUCAGACAUCUAGUUCAAACACGACUGCUAAUCAACCCCUUGAGAAAAGCGAGAAUGGUUUUCAAAAAACAGGCGAUUCUAUAUUACUUCAAUCUAAUGAAACUGCACAUGAAAAACUACGAUCAACAUUGUCUGACAAUUGCCCAAAUAUAAAUACAACUGAUCGUUUAUCGGAUGUUGAUUCGAUAAAAAUCUCUUGUAGUAUAGAAAUGAAUAAUUUUCAAAAUGUGAACUCGUCUGUUAGCGAUCAUGCCGAGAUAUCAUUUCUUUUUCACAAUUCAUUGGGUUCACCCGCUUUAGAAAAUAUCAGGGCUGCCAGCACGUCCGAAACAUUAUCGCAUUACAUAGAGCAUUGUAACCAAAUGGUUGAUGGUAAGCCGCUGACAAAAUUCUGUUUAGUACCGUUCAGGUUGAAAGUCGCAGCCAAUUCAAAAUGUUACGAAGAAUGCAGAGAGCUUUUCCCUGUUCAACGUUUAUUUUUAAGUAAAAGCACCCUCGAUGCGCAAACCCAGACAGAGACUGGUGUAAGAUCAUCUGUUGCAAUAGUAGCGGAAACCUGUUCUGACAAGAAUUUAGGGCAGCAAGAUAACAAAACAGAAGGCGUAAUCAACACAUGUUCACAUGCCGAGAACUUGGAUGCACUUUCUGAGGAGUUUCUUGGAGAAAUGCAUUUACGAAAUUCUAAAUAUGCCAAAAGCUCUUUUCCUGUGAAUAAAGCUACUUGUUCUAAAGAGUUAACUGGUGAAUCCAGUGUGCCAGAUGCCGAAUGUACAAUCGACAGAAGUGCGGAGGAAUACUUAUUAAACGAAGCCUUUAGUCAGGACCUUCGUGAAUUAAUAGAGCUUGCAGGACUUAGCAACAGGAAAAUGUAUUGCGGUUGCGAAUCUGAGUCUGACCUUGUGCAUUGCACAAAAGAAGAACGGAAAAAUAUUAGCAUCGAUUCAUCUCUUUCGAAGAGUAAUGUAAACCAACGUAAUAAACCAAGUACCAGCGCGGAAUCAUCAAGUGUGAUGCAAAAUGAGUUACGCUUGGUGCAAACAGAACAAAACUCUUUAAAAACUGCGCAUCGUGAUCGGCUACAGACAAACAAAAGUGUUUCAAUGAACAAACCUUUCCCAGAAGAUCUAAUUCAACGGUUGACCGAGCGUUUUAGGAUGACUUUACGGAAUGCGUCAAGGUCGUCAGCUCAAAAAUCCCAAGUGACAUAUAAAGUGACUGGGAAUUCUCAGUUUUCAGGCAAAGCCAGUAUCUCCUCCGGGUCAAGUGAUAAAAUGCUUCCAGCUUUUUCCAUAGAAAACGUUUUUACCAAGCAGAAGGAAGGAGAAUUACGUGUUGUAUAUCAUGGUGACGUAUCACGUGCUAAAUCAGCUCUUGCCAAGUGGCAAAGUCAACGAUGAAACUUUCUUGCGUCUGAAUUCUCUGAAGCUUUCAAUUUAUUUUUUUAGCAAUUUCAGACAGUGUUAUGACGACGGUAUUGACAUAGCAGUUCACAAGUCUUUAAUUCAAAAAAUUUUUCGUAAUUGAAAAACAGCAUUUUACGCUAAACAGAAGGUGACGUCAUUUAUUUCAAUAACCCUUUUACAAUAGGUAAAAUCCUCUCAAAUUUGUUUCGGGUACGUUUAAACGCCAACCUUGAGUUAGCAGAAUUUUGUGUAAAGUUUCUUCGCGAAAACGAAUUUGAUGCAGUAAUUUAUAGAGUGAACCGUAAUAAGAUGGUUGCCAUGGUAUCUUUUGUCAUAA